AUAGAUAGAUAGGUGUUUGUUCUUCUAGAAAGGCGGACUAUUAAAGCCAUAACAGGUUAUCUCCGCCUUAACGGAGAGCUUUCCAAAGGAGACUUCAUGUGUGCAGCCCAUCCACACAGACCAAAGCCAGACAGCACUGCUUCCUGACAGCAGCUUCAUCUCGCAGACUGCACCUCACAAAUCUGCACCUCACUUCGCUGUCAUUAAAAAUGUCGAUACUCGAGACUUUCUGAGGAUUUAAAUGACUUUCCAGAAACAGCAAAUGUAAUCGAUCACUGAUUCUGCUCUUUUAUCAGAUCGUUUAAGGCGCUAUCAGACUUUGGAGACAAGAGGGUGGAGAAGAAACACUUCCAUACACGGCGAUAAAGGUGGAGGUUGUCAGCUGAUUGUAAGUGAUCUCCACUCAUGAAGGGCAUGGAGAUGUUGCGCCGCUCCUCGGUGUUUGCGGCUGAAGUCAUGGAGGUGUUUGAUCGCUCUCCCACGGAUAAGGAGCUCGUGUCUCAGUCUAAAGUCUUGUGCAGGGAUUACAUUCACUCCAGACUCCAUCAGGCUGGAAUCGGAUGGUCUAAACCAGAGCAUGGAUCCGGAGCACUGGCUGAGGUGUCUUCAGUUCUUCUGUGGUUGGGUGAUGAGCUGGAGUACCUGCGACCCAAUGUGUACCGCAACGUAGCAAGACAGCUCAACAUCACAAUUGCAUCUGAGAGUAUAGUCUCUGAUGCCUUUUUGGCCGUUGCUGCAGAAAUCUUCUCUACAGGUGUAACAUGGGGGAAGAUUGUGUCUCUGUAUGCUGUGGCCGGAGCUCUAGCUGUGGACUGUGUUCGGCAUGGGCAUCCAGCGAUGGUGCACACCAUUGUCGACUGCAUGGGCGAGUUUGUUCGCAAAAGCCUUGUGUCAUGGUUAAAGAGGAGAGGAGGCUGGGCGGACAUCACAAAGUGUGUAGUCAAUACAGAUCCCAGUUUCCGUUCUCAUUGGCUGGUGGCAGCUGCCUGUGCCUGCGGUCACUACCUCAAGGCCGUGGUCUUCUACCUGCUGAGAGAAAAAUAAAGAGCAGCACACACAAGUGACGGACAGCUGGACUCUUCCAAAACUGGCAGAAGGGGUUUCUAGUCACUGCUUAAGCCUUUCACUGCUCUUGAUGUGUUUACACUUG